UCAACUCGUCACUGUGUCUUUGGAGGGAAAUAUUUUGCUUCUUUCACUUCUCUCUCCACACACACUCUCUCUCUCUCUCUUCACUGCACUUUAAAGUUUAAACCAAUGUCGAGAAGGCGUCUUCGUACAAUCUACACCUCCUCCUCUGAAGACGAAGAAGUCCCGCAGCAACCACAACAACAAGAACAACAGCAACAAGAAGAUGAGCAACAUGUCGUCUUUGACGAACCAAUGUAUGAAGAAAUCGAAGAAGAAAUUGAUAUUCCAUCUCCAAACCAAAUCCCUAACAUCAGUUCCGUAACCCUAAAUUCCUCUCAUUCCACCACAGUCGCCGAACCUCCUUCCGUCGAACUUUCCGACGAAGAUUUCAUCGACGUUUCUGAGCAUCUCUCUCCUCCCUCUCCUAUUCCGGCCAGGGUAUUAUCUGAUUGUCCAGUGAAUGAUCAUUUAAGGAAAUUAGGUUUGAAUUUGAAGAGGGAGUGGCUUGAUUCUUGUAAAUUAGGGCUUCACAACACUGUCCCUGGAUUCAACAAUUUUGACGUUGAAGCUAAAGCUAAGCUUUGUUUUGCUCAGUUUUUGUGCUCAGAUUUCAACUAUAGUGGUGCUGGUGUUCUUCCUCCAAAUGUGCACCAGUUACAUCUUGUUGAUCUUGCUGGCCCUUUUGUUUUACAGGUUGAUGAAGUAAUUAAUAUUAGUUGUCCUUUGAGGGAGAGGUACAAGAACGCAGCUCCGGGGCUUAAAAGAUGCCUCAAGCUCUCCAUGACAGAUGGUGUCCAACAUGUAUUUGGUAUGGAGUAUAGGCCAAUCAAAUGUCUUGAAGCCCUUGCACCUGCUGGGUUUAAGGUUGUCAUACGGAAUGUAAAUAUACGGCGUGGACUUCUGAUGUUGGUUCCUGAAGUAUUGGAAAUACUUGGUGGCUCUGUUGAAGAGCUUGAAGCAGCUAGACAAAGGCUUGUUCAUGAAGUUAAUAAGCCACCAAGAGGCAAAAGAACAAGAAGUGGUAUUGUUCCUCCAUUAUCAACAAGAGCUACCCUUGCUGCUUGGGCUCAAAAUGGUGUUAAUAAUGAUUCUACAUCAGUGAAUGAUGCUAAUCAUGUUCCUGGCAACACCAGGAACUCUAUGCUACAUGCUGCGACUCAGUUCCGUGAAUAUACCUUGGGUGGUGAUCCAAUCAGUAGGAUUAGGCAAGCCCCUCAUGCUGGCAGAGUAAUUACUGAACUCUCUUCUUCAGGAAGAACUGAUCAGCAUUCUUUAAGCAGUGUGUCUGCUCAAAAUAAUACUAGUAGAGGAAGUGCUCAACUUUAUAGCAGUUUAGAAGCUCGUGUGCUUCCUGUGGGUACUGAUGCUACUGAGCCACUUCAUGGUAAAGAAUCUGCCGAGCAUUCUACUAGACGAGAGACUGCUCAGACUUCUGUUGGUGUAGAUGCUCAUGAGUUUCCUACGAGUAACAGAGCUCCUGAGCAAGCACCUGCUGGAGAGCAUACUGAGCUCAAUCUGCCCUCUGCCACCGUCACUGAAAAUGAAGAUGCUCAUAUGGUGGAUUAUAUGGAGCACCCAUUUAUACUUAGUGGAGAAAGGGAGUUGCCUUUCAUAUAUCUGGCAAGUUUGUCAGCAAUAUGGGAUGCAGUGCAGUUUAACAAGCCUUUUAUUAAAGGGAAGAUCAAGGCUGUUUUGCAGUGCUUUUUAACCGGUGUGAAGAGAUUCCAGUAUAAGGGACGGUCUAUGUUUGAGCUGCGGGUUUAUGUUGAUGAUGGGAGUCUCAUAUCUGAAAUCCUUAUUCACCAUAAUGUCGUGCAUAAAGUAAUAGGCUACUCACCUGAAGGAGUGACUGCUGCUCUUUCCUCCUCUGAUGACAAAGUAGUUGAAGACAUGAAAAGCGUACUCAAACAAUUUCAGAUUUUCUUGAUAAAUUUUGAGGGUUCGAUGCUCCUGGAGAUGAAUAAGACUUCUACAAUCCCAGUUGCCCUUGAGAUGAACCAAGGCUGUCCAACUUCAGAUGCAUGGUUACUUUUGCAAAGGCUGACACCUGUUACUUCUAACCCAGUACACCGAAAUAGCCAGUCAGAUGUCAUCACUUUAUCACCUUGAGCCGUUGAAUGCACAUUGCAAUUUCUUGGUUAUUGCAAAGAUUUUUGAGAAUUACAAAUGAUAGUUUGGUAAAAGAGGUAAAAGUAGUGCUUGAAAUAGCUGGCCGCAGUGAAGCAUCUGUUCAAGUUGCUCGCCUGGUAAGAUGGGGAGUGUUUGGUAAAGCUGGCAAGUAUUUUUCCAGGUAUGAUUGCAGUCAUGUUUGGUAAGAGGCAUAUGUUGCCAAUUUCGAAACGGCCUCUUUUAUCCGAAGGCGGGACAAGUGGAGAAUGGUUUCUUUUGUCUAAGGGCAGGAGUUGGGAGAAGUGGAGAAUGGUUUUUUUUGUCUAAAGGCAGAAUUUGGUUCUGCAGUUUCACUGAUUUCGACUCUAUGAUAUCAUUAUUUGGCGCAUGGUGGAAUAUCAUUUGGCCAGGUCGUCAAUCUACGGAAGUCGAAAUGUCUCAAUUCACCGACGUCAAUAUGUCUCGGCAUCUUUGUCUACAACAUGUACUCAACUGGCCCUGUAUACUACUGGAGCUCCUAUAGAGGUCCCAACUAUGAAUUAUUCUUUGCAGGUUCCAAGUUUACCAUAUUGUGAUUUUUAGAAGUCCUGGAUUAAUUAAAAACGAUUUAAAAGGCUAGGAUUAUUGGAUUGAAGGUGGAUACAUGGCUGAUUUUACUCCAGUAUAGUCCAAGAUUUUCUUGCUAGGCGCUGCUGUUGGUGGUGUUUCAGGUUUUGUUACUAAAAGCAUGCGGUUGCACCAGUCUAGUAUCUCGGGUAGAAACAUCUUCCACAGGACUGUUACUCUCAUCCAUGAUGGGACUGUUAGAUAUCUAUCACCACGGCAAACGCUAUCCACAAUGGCCUUUGAACAUCUCUCCACUGGCUCAACUGGGACUGCACUUACUUGUACCUGGCAUCAUUUAUGUUGAAGAAAGAGAAGAAGCUUAUAAGAACAACAUAACUUUUGCACCAUAUGUUCACUAAAACUCAAAAGAGUUCUACUGGGAAAUCUACAAUAUUUAUAUAAGCAUUAUUUACCAAAAUUUUCAUUUACAAUGUACACUAAUGCAUUCACUUCCCAAAUGAUUUUAAUGUAUUUUACUAUUUUUGCACCAACAUUUUGUGGGCUUCCGAAAUUCCAUUCACAUUUGGUCACUUUUUCCUCAGCUGGCUCGGACUGAAUUUUGCGGUUAGGUAUGUUUCUGUGCUAAUAGGUGGGCUGGGUUUCUGUUACACAGGCUUGAAGUACAAUUAUGAACCAAUUCUUCAUAGGCAUUUGAUUGAAUCUUUUUUAUACCGGUUGUCGUUUUUGACAGGUCAAGUUUUGAUUGAAAGUGUAGAAGUUCCUAAAAGAAUACAUUUUUUCUUAUCUACAUUUAUUUAUAAAAAACAGUUGUAACUUUUUUCA